AUAGACCCGGACAAGAUGUCCUUUCAUCGAGGACAUCACACAAUCACGAUAUUUCCUAAAGGAGAGCCCGGCCGAAAGUUUGUUGUCUCGACUGGUGUCGAAGACAACAAAAUAGUUAAAUUGUACGAUUAUCUUUGCUCAAUUAAGAUCGGCGAGGGUGUCAGUUUUGAGCAUUGA